CAGGCUAUGUGCUGUGAAAACAGGCCGCUUACCAAGGCGCUCUCUUCUCCAAGUGUGGACUCCUCUCCAGCAUGUGCUUCCUGUGCUCACUGGUGACUCUAGGGUGGGUCCUAAUCCAAUGACUGGUGCCUUCCUGAGAGGACACAGAGGGACACAUGGAGGAGGAGGAGGCCAUGUGACUACAGAGGCAGAGACUGGACAGAUGCCAGGGGCAGCCAGAAGCUGGAAGAGGCUGGGACGCUCUCCUAGGGCCUCUAAAGGGAGCACAACUCUGUCCACACUUUGACUUUGGACUUCUGAACUGUGAGACAAUAAAUCCCUAUUGUUUUAAGUCCUUGUUUGUGAUAACAUGACGGCCCUAAGAAACGAGCGUCUGUGUUUACAGGUCAGUUGUGUUCUGAGCUUGUUCCUGGGAUGUGCGCUCAUUCUUCACCACGGGCACACCUUGCAGCAGUUUGCAGGCCUGAGCACUGCCCGCCGGGGUGGGGAAGUCACCCGGGUGAAAAGGGCUCUGGGAACUGGCCAGGGCCGCAGGCUGCCAUCUAGUCACAUGUCUUUUUUAAAAAGAUUCGUUAUGCAGUAUUUAAGGCAGGCAAAUAAAACAUAGGUAAUAUAACAAACACUGCAUAUUUUUCACAAAGCCAGAGCAACAUUUAAAUCAUUGACUCUUGGUUAUGUUUAUUCUGUAUCAAUGACCCUGUGUCACACUUCCUCUGUUUCAUUGAAAAGACAGUAUGCUGCUUAAUAAACUUAAAUGCCGACUGGCCUGGUAAGCUGCCUUUUGCCCACGGCCUUGCGCAGCUAGUGCUGCAGGUGGCCAGGACAUACUGUUUUUGGGUUCUGCCAUUCUCCCAUAAGGCAAACGUUUAAACAGGGUGCUUAUUUUCACUCGCCCCCUUUUUCUUUUUAUGCUAGGUAGGACUUCUCUUUCAAGCUGUGAAAGUCACAACUACUGGUGGCAAUAAGUAAAAGUACACAGAGCUGUUCAAAGAAAAUAGCCAGGGUGGCUGCCUCCCCAGUCCCAAGGGGGAGGAGGGGAGGGCCCCUAGCUUCUCACUCUCCAGGCGGGCAAUGCUCCGGAGCACCAGCUGCGGCAGCGCAGCCCAAGCUGUCUGUGGCCCUCACCUUCCCCGGGGGUGUACAAGGACCCUCCGGAAAGGGAGCUGGACAGCGGGGGUGGGCUGGGGCGCAGACUGUUUCCCUCCCACACUCUGCGCUGGACUGGAGGGGGCCUGGGAGGGCUCUGGGGGCGAUGUGAGCACCGGUGCCGGGAGGAGGCCACUACGCAGGGCUGGAGGGUCCCGGGCCGGCGGGGCAGCGGGACUCGACCGAGAUGGCACGCGACCCUGCCCUCCUGAAGACCUCAGAUGUGCGUGGGGACCCACCCGCAGCCCCUUGGCCCUGCGUUUCGCUUUCGUCUACAUCCAGCACUCUGCCCCGUGGCCGCUCGCACUUCCGCCCCGACUCCAUCAGUGUUUGGAGGGCCUGGGCCGCCGCGCCCACCUGCCUCCCACUAGCGAUUCCGCGACCCGGCUGCGGGCAGCCUGCUGCCGCGCUUGCGGGGCCUGCUUUAAGGUUCCGUGGUGGCUGUCAACACGUAAGGGCUGCGACAACGCACACAGCUGCACGUUUCCGAGCCUGCUUAGAGGCCGGAGGGCGGCCGCGCUCCGCUGCGGAGCCGCGGGAAGGCCCGGGGUCCCGGCCCGGCGCUGCCUUCCUGCCGCCGGGUCGGGUUACUGUGAGCAGGGGCCCCACACCCCGGAGGCGCUGCGCGGGCCCAGCCGGGAGAGGGCGGCCGGGGCUCCGCGUUCGCGGCGGCGCCUCGGCCGCGCCGGGGCUCCUCUCGGGGCUUUCCCGAACACGGAAGAGGGAGCCCCGGGAAAUGUCCCCAAACACCAUCCUCUGAUUGAAAAAAAAAAAAAAAGGUCGCACAGAGAACUUUACCUGACAUAUGCCUACAGAGAGGGUGCUCGGAGCCUUACGUUAGGGAACUGCCUUCGCCACGAGACGAAGAGCAGACCCGGGCACAAAAGGGCCUCGCGGGGGACGCCCCGCUCGCAGCGCGGCCCGCGGCGCUGCCGCCUCCCAGUGAUUUAUGGGCCCGCGCGCCGGCCGCCGGUCGCUCGGGAGCCGCGGCCCGGCUGCACCGCGAGGCACUACAGGCCUUUCCCGGGCCGGCCGGGGAGCCAGGCCUCCCGCCAAUGGCAGGCGGCAGACCCGCGCCCGCUCAGCGCGCCCAGCUCCCCGCACCUUCCGCCCGGCCCCGGCUUCGCGGGUGGCAGCGCCGAGGGGCGAGGGCGCCUCGGGUCCCGGGAGUACAGCGCCCUCCUUGCCUCCCGCCUCGCGCGACCGGCGCACCGUCAGCUCCAACCGCAGCCAUUUUGGAGCAAGCCGAGACAAAGGGCGAGCCCCGCCACUACCCACCAGAGCUCCGGUCACGACCCCCGCCCGCCGCCAGCCGUGCUCGCCAGCCCCGGGCCCACCCAACCGCACGCCCGGCCGCAUGCACCCCCGCGCCCCCGCGAGCCCACCGCCCGCUACACCCCGAGUGCCCGCCCGCGCCUCGGCCUCUGCCGCUCGCAGCCAUUGGCCGCGCCUUUUAAGCGCAAGCCACAGCCAAUGGCGGCGCGCUGGGAGACCGGGCGGGGGGCGCGGGCAACCAAUGGCGGGGCGCCGAGCGGCGGGCGGGGGCGGGCGCGCGCCGCCCCCCGCCCGCCCGCCGGCCGCCCGCCCGCCCGCCCGCCCGUCCGCGCGGACCUCCUCCCCGCCCAGCGCCGGCGAGCGGCGGCGGCGGCGGGCUGA